UUCUGCACGGGAAAUGGGGGAGGAGAGCUAGCGUGCAUCUGUGCACUGCAUUUUAAAUACGCUGCCAGUUAACAGCUGACCUGCAUUGGUUUGCAGACAGGGGUCACACGCUGCCUGUGGUAAACCUGGGGGAAGACAAGGGAAUCAGGCCCAUGCACAGGGUCCCAGUGGAGCAGGCUCCCCUGUCUCAAAUGCACCAGCUCUUGCUUUCUGCCAGUCAUUCAGAGCCAGGAGUUUGAAAGGAAGAAGGAAGGAGCAAGCUGUGUGCCUGGGGGAUGGGGCCUCCGGAGGGCAGCUCUGCUGGGAGCUGGGGCAGUCAAGUGCCAAGGCAGAGAGCUUCUGGUGCCCAGGGCUUCUUACCCCAGAUGGCUGACAAAAAACUGAUAGUUGUCUUUGGAGCAACAGGUGCUCAGGGGGGCUCUGUGGCCAGGGCUUUGCUUGAAGAUGGGACCUUUCAGGUCCGAGUGGUCACAAGAAACCCCAGGAAGAAGGCUGCAGUGGAGCUGAAGCAGAAAGGAGCUGAGGUGGUGAAGGGUGACCAGGAUGAUGAGCAGACGCUGGAGCCAGCCCUGAAGGGAGCAUAUGGAGCCUUUGUUGUGACAAACUACUGGGAGCACUGUAGCAAGGAGAAGGAGGUUGCACAGGGCAAGCUGUUGGCUGACAUGAUGAAGAGGCUGGCCCUGUGCUAUGUGGUGUACAGCGGCUUGGAGAAUGUGAACAAGCUGAUGGAGGACCGGCUGGAGGUACUUCACUUUGAUGGCAAAGGCGAGGUUGAGGAGUACUUCCGGAUGAUUGGUGUCCCCAUGACGAGCGUCCGGCUGCCCUUCUACUUUGAGAACUUCCUCACGAUCUUCCGACCCCAAAAGGCCCGUGAUGGGGAAGACUAUGAGCUGGCUAUCCCCCUGGGAGAGACUCCCAUGGCUGGCAUGGCUGUUGCUGACCUGGGGCCUGUGGUGGUUCACCUGCUGAAGUCUCCAAAGGAGUAUGUAGGCCAGGACCUCGGGCUCUGCACUAGCAAGUUCACUGUGGAAGAGUAUGCUGCCACCUUGUCAAGACACACCGGGAAGGCUGUGAAAGAUGCCAAGGUGGGAAGUGCCUUAUUUUAUUCUUUCUGUGGGAAGGAACAAGGACCUGGGCCAUCAAAUUCACCUGAGGAGAUCUCAGCUGAGGAUUAUGAGAAGCUUGGCUUCCCUGGGGCCCAGGAGCUGGCUAACAUGUUCCGGUUCUACGCUAUGAAUCCAGAUCGCAAUAUGGAGCUAACCCUGAAACUUAACCCCAAGGCCAGAACAUUUGAUCAGUGGCUAGAAGAUAACAAAGUCAACUUCAAAACUCUCUGAGCCUCUGUGCAACAGAAACUAUUCUAUGAUCUGGAUUUCAGCAAAGCUCACUCUCCCUAAGGAGCUCAAGAUUAGACUGGGUUAAAUACAUAUCCCUUUGCUUUUACACUGUUGUAAUUAAAGCUGCACUUACCUGACCAACCAUUGUAACACCAGGAAGUCACAUCAAUGUGCACGGAGGCUUCAGAGACAAAGCCAAGGUUUUCUAAAAGUCAAGCAGCUAUAAUUAACCCUUUACGUAUACAGCUUGUGGUUUAACUGAAUUAGAGAUAUGAAGCGGAUUUUUAUAGCUGGUGAUUCCUGAGCUUCCAAGAGGGCACAAAUGGAGAGUUAACAUUUUCACACAGGCUGUUCUCAAAGCUUAUGCAGGUGUGACAGGCUAGCCAGUGGCAGCUUGGCCCGGGGGGGUUGGAAAAGUUAAAAAAUUAUUGGUGGGGGGGACUCCCUUUUCUCCACCAAUCAGGCCCCUGGAGAAGGAGAAGGCUGCCCCCACCCCCUCACCCAGGGGCCAGGUAGAGCCCGGACCUGAGCGAAGAUUCACUUCUCAUGUCUCCAGAUGGGUCCCGACGGCCACCUGGGGGGGAUAAAAGGGGCAGCACACCUGGCUCCGAGGAGAAACAACAAGGGACAAAGGAGAGGAGUCCUGAAGAGCUGGUAUGAGUUGGCCAGCAGGGUGGAGCAGUUGCCCCAGAAGAGCCCUGGAAGCUGCAGGAGGCAGCUCGGCUUGGUAGCUUGGCACAUGGGGUGGUGCGCAGCGAGUCUCCAGUGGGGAGCCGGGGCCUGGGAGCCACAGGAGGCAGCUCAGCUCAUUUGGAGCACUGUGCAGGGCAGAACACGGUAGGUUUGAGAGGAACCCAAGCCACGAGCUGCAGGCAGCAGCUUGGGCCCUUUCUUUCUUUUUCUUUCCAUCCCUUGGCAUGAGGCCAGAAGGAUCCUGGAGGGACUAGAGCCCUGGAGCUGCAAACAGUGGCUCAAGCAUUGAUGGCUCUGUGGUAGAGUUCUUGCUAGCUACAUGGAAGACCUGGGUUCAAUAUCUGCCCAAGGCACCAGAGAGGUGGGAAGAGGGAAUCCUCACUGGGGAGGAGGGUUCUCCUUACCUCCUUUCCCUGCCCUACCCCUCUGGUGUGCCUGUGCCUCAUAUUUUGGGAAACCCUGCAUCUUACAUUCUGUGAAACCCUGCACCUCAAACUUUGUUAUUGAUUUGCCUCUGUUAGCUGUAUAUGUGUACCUAACCUUUACUGUAUCCCCUCUUGCUCCCCUGCAUUGGUGACACAUAGGGGGUGCACGUGGGAUUGGUGGUGCACCCCCUGCGAUUGGCCAGUGCUGCUGCUGCCAGUGACACCUGCGGGUGGUCACUGCUUGCCACCCCCUACCACCACCGACACCACCGGCAGUGUCUGCAGGUGGUUGCUGACCACCGGUCGCCACUCAUCGUUUGCCACCCCCCUGCUGCCAAUGCCACCACAGCCACCUGUGGGAGCUCCCUGCUCGCUGUCGCCGUGUGCCCACCGCUGCCGUCACCCGCAGGCAUUUGCCAUGACCCCCCAGCCUCCGGGGUUACGCAUCGUUCAUGCUCCCCUGGUGUGUUCCCCCCCCCCCAACAGGUACCCAGAGAAUUGUACCCUUAUUAUCCAGGAUCCCCCAUCCUCUCCUGCACAUGUCAUAUCCUAACCCGGUUCUUCCCUUAUUAAAUUGUAUGUGGUUAAGUUCCAA